ACCAGUACUCAGCAGCAACAGAAGAAAACAGAGGCUCACUCGGAUCCUCCUUAGAGAGUUAGAGAUAGAGACACAGGCGCAGCAGCAGCAGCAGAAGAAGAGAAAUGGGGAUCGUUUCUCAGGAAGCGAUCAAGCAGUUCCAAGCUCUGAUUGACCAAGUUGAUGAGCCUCUCAAGAGAACGUUUCAGAAUGUUCAUCAAGGCUAUCUAGUUGAGACUUUCGGCCGCUUUCUCAAAGCAAGGGAUUCCAAUGUUGCCAAAGCCCAUAAAAUGUUGGUCGAUUGUUUAAACUGGAGGGUACAAAAUGAUAUUGACAAUAUAUUAGCCAAGCCCAUAGUUCCAACUGAACUAUACAGAGGAGUGCGAGAUUCACAGCUCAUAGGUCUUUCGGGUUACUCAAGAGAGGGCUUGCCCGUCUUUGCCAUUGGUGUUGGGCUAAGUACAUUUGACAAAGCAUCGGUUCACUACUAUGUGCAGUCACACAUUCAAAUUAAUGAAUAUCGAGAUCGUGUAAUUUUGCCUUCUGCAUCGAAGAAGUAUGGUAAGCCUAUUACCACUUGCAUCAAGGUUUUAGAUAUGACUGGUUUGAAGCUCUCGGCACUAAGCCAAAUAAAGUUACUGACAACUAUAUCAACCAUUGAUGAUUUGAACUACCCGGAGAAGACAAAUACAUACUACAUUGUAAAUGCCCCUUAUAUAUUCUCAGCUUGUUGGAAGGUUGUCAAACCACUUUUGCAGGAGAGGACAAGGAAAAAAGUGCAAGUGUUGUCUGGUUGUGGUAGGGAUGAACUGUUGGAGAUAAUGGAUUAUGCAUCCCUUCCACAUUUCUGUGAAGGAGAAGGUUCAGGAUCAUCUCGAAAUUCACAGAAUGGAGCUGACAAUUGCUUCUCCUUGGACCACCACUUUCAUCAACAACUCUACACCCACAUCAGGCAGCAGUCUCUGAUGAAGGAAUCCGUUCAACCAAUCAGACAUGGUUCUUUUCAUGUGGAUGUACCUGAGGCGGCUGCAGAAAGAACUCAUAUUGCUAAAACGAUUGUAUCUGAGUUUAACAAGUUUGGUAAUCAGAAUGGGCUAUCUGAGUCUUUAGAUGGCCUAAAAAUCAAUGGCGACUGAAACCAGAGUUUGGUGCCGUGCAAACUUGUGAUGAAUCUUAUGGCUUUGUGCUCACUCUAAAGCUGGUGGACAAGGAGUCUUUGCAUUACUGAUCCUAGAGUUGCAAUCAUGUGAAAUGAUUGGUUGUAAUGGUGACUGCUGACAUUAUCUACGCGAACUUAACAAUCGCAGAGCUAAUACAGUGGAUGUAAUUUGACAUAUGGGGCUGCCACUGGAUAAUUAGUUCAGACCUACGAGUAGCCUAAUAUGCGUUGUAGUAGUGCAGCAGGAAAAUUGUCAUCUUUAGUUGCACAGUUCCAACCGAUAUGGUAAUUGCACAGAUUAACGUGUUUUAACCUUCA